CAGAGCUUAGCCUUGUCGCAGAGAAGAGCACCCACUCUGGCGCCGUUUUCCCGCAGGCACGCUUCUUCUCCGGUUUGGUGUGAUUUGAUCUAGGCGCCCCGCCCAGCGACCAGCAGGUCUUCAGGUUUGUUCGCUCCGUGUGUGGCUCGCGCGCGCAAGCGCGCAAGCGCGAAAGCGCGCUGGAGCCAUGACCUUCGGAGAUACGCCGUUCCAUCGCCACCUGAUGGCCCUUAGUGCCGAGUACGAGCGAGUGGUGAUUGAGAACAUGGAGCUUCGAAAGGAGCUGCAAGACGACGGCACUUUGUGGAGACUGGGGCGACAAGAGGAGCCUCCUCCCCCGCUGCAGCCCAUGACGGCCUACCUGGCCACCGAAAGCACAGCGCUCGCCUGUGAUCUACCUGGGGUCGUAGAUGGCAGCAACUGCAAAAUGCUGCCGGCAUACCCCAGUUCACCAACUAGGGCUGCUAUGAAGCGCCAGAACUCGCGGCUAUCUCCGGCAAAGCCGCCGGGCGAUGCCGAAACAGAGGCUGGGUCCAUGUUCUUAUUGCUUCUGGACGUGGUACCAGCGCUCGUGAUUCUGCUCUCUGCAGCUGUGGCCGGCCUCAGCGCGGACAUUGAGCCGGACCACGACAUCUGGAAGGUCUUCGAGAUCUCCUUCACGGUGUUCUUCAUUGGGGAGAUCAUUGUGAAAUUCAGGGUCUUCGGCCGGAGAGACUUUCUUUGUGGAUCUGAUUGGUACUGGAGUUGGUUCGACAUUCUCUGCGUGAUUCUGGCGCUGAUCGACAUGGGCAUCACGUAUGGGAACAUGGCUGCCAGAAAGCCGGGCGAGCCGGUGGCCGAGAAUUCCGCGGCAGGAACUCUGGGUACUUUGAAGAUGCUGAAAUUGGCCCGCCUGGGCCGCAUAGUCCGAUUGCUCAAGUUCAAGAUCUUUCAGGAGCUGAAGUUGAUGAUUCAGGGGGUGUUCACAGGCCUUCGGGUGCUCUUCUGGGCAGUGGUGCUCCUGGUGGGCUGCAUGUACCUCCUUGGAGUGGUCACCAGGACGCUUUUCUCCGCGCAUCAGGAGUUUGCGUCGGUGCCUGCAGCCAUGUUCACAUCCUUUCGCUGCUUCACGGACGGCUGUUCAGCCUAUGAUGGUACACCCUUGCAAGAACGGCUGCGCCAGACGUCGGAACUGGGAGGAUUUUUUAUGUUUGCCUACAUCCUCCUUUUUCUAUUUGUGACUAUUGGAAUUUUCAACCUCAUCAUGGCGGUGUUCAUUGAUAACGUCACGGAUGGCAGCACCAAGAAGCGCCAAAGACAACUCGGGCAAAAUCAACCCAAAACGGAGUGGGUCAUUGCCAACACCUUGAGACACAUCAUCCUCACAAACAUCGUCCGCAAGGAGGCCGAGGAGGAGUUGGCGCUGGCAGAAAAGACUGGGGCCGACGGCAGCCGGCGAGUCUCCAGGGCUCUGGAAGAGAGGCUGCAGGCGCUUCAGGAAAUGUACGGUUACCAGCCGCAUUCCACAGAAGAGUACGCUGACCUCACUGACAAGAUUCGCAUCGAGAUGGCAGAGAAGGAUAUUGUGGUGACCAAGGAGGAGUUCAACAGGUGGCUCAGCACCGAGAUGGAGUUCCUGUCCAAGCUUGAUGAUGCUGAAGUGGACCUGUCCUGCAAGUUUGACCUCUUCGAUGUUCUAGACGCUGACCUAAGUGGAGAGCUGGAAUUCGAGGAGAUGGUGGACGGACUAUUGAAGUGCCGAGGGCCUGCGUCGAAGACCGACAUCAUAGCCAUUAGAUUGAAGACGGCCCUGCUGGUGCGCAUGAUGACCAAAAUGUGCGAGAAGCUGGGCAUCGAGGCAUUUUAAGGUUAUCAGGUUGCGCCUGGUAACAUUUUGCCCUGCAAAGCAGGCAGCCACAUCGGCCUGCUAAGCAGUGCCGAAAAGAACAGAGAGCCGUUACCGCAGUCCAGCGGCAACUCCGCUCCGGCAAGUCUCUCUGAUGAGUCGCCGGGGCUUUUUUGCAUGUCGGGCCAGCUGGAAGUGUUGCUCUUUGAGACUUCUCAAUGCGUCAAUUAGAGACCAGUUGCAACAGCUGUGGGGCCCUGAAGUCGCUCGCCCUGUGCACCGGGGUCACUGAACUCAAGUUGGAUUGCCCU